CUCUUACUUAGGCAAUGGGUAUGUUGCUAUCAGACCAAGUCCUUUUGACCUGCAAUGUAACUCUGUGUGUAUUAUUGAUGUUCUUUUACAGUGGGGGAACUGCAAAAUAAAUUUUCGGUCGACAUUUGAGCAUAGUGAUCUGUCAACUGUAAAACAUACUAUGAAAAUACACGCAUGAAUUGUAAAAGAAAGAAUACAUACUAUGAAAAAUACAACCAUAAAGUGUCUGUAAUUAUUGGUCAUUCCAACAAAAGAAAGAAACCCCCACAAUCCCUAUUGUCGUGAUUUAUUUCUCCUAACUUGCCUUUCUCUCUCUCUCUCUCUUGCACCAAUAAUGCCAUCCUCUGAGUAAAAAUAAAUCCUGUACGUGCAACUGGUUUACAACACUUUUAUGAUGGAUGCCACCUAACGUUGUAUUGCUUGAUGCUGCAGUUCAUGAGAGACUUCUUCGAACCAGUGAUGACUUUGUCUGGCCUGUUGAUUCCAACUUUCAAGGUCGCUUCAUCAUUGAUGUCGAGUUUCUGGACCUGAAGAUCUACUCAUUAAAUGGUGGAGAAGGCAAUUCCAUAUGGCCCAGUGAUUGUAUGAUGCAAUCUCUUGCUACUCAAAGCACUCUCCGAUGCCUCUCGCGUAUGCUUGAUGAGUCUAUUCAUGCUGAUGUCACCAUUAAUGCAGCUGAUGGAACACUAAGGUCCCAUAAGGCGAUUCUUUCGGCAAGUUCUCCGGUGUUCCACAGCAUGUUCCUGCACGACCUUAAGGAGAAAGAGUCCUCUACAAUCAACAUAGAAGACAUGUCAUUAGAGUCUUGCACAGCCCUUCUCAGCUACUUAUAUGGUACCAUAAAACAAGAGGAUUUCUGGAAGCAUCGAUUGACAUUGCUGGGUGCUGCAAACAAAUAUGACAUAGCGGAUUUGACAGAUGCUUGUGAAGAUAGCCUCUUGGAAGAUAUCAACUCAGGAAAUGUCCUUGAGAGGCUGCAAGAGGCCUGGCUUUACCAGCUGAAAAGGUUGAAGAAAGGAUGUUUGAUGUACUUAUUUGAUUUUGGCAAGAUUUAUGAUGUUAGAGAUGAAAUAAAUAACUUCUUCAGGCAGGCAGACAGAGAACUAAUGCUGGAAAUGUUCCAAGAAUUGCUUACAGGUUGGAAACCGGCAUAAAUCAUCAUGGAGAAAGUUUCCAUUCAUCAGGUAUUGUUAAAUGUUAAUGUAUAUAUGUGCAUAUAAAUAUGGAUAAAAGAUACUAGGGUGCUAAAAGUAGUGGAAACGUGUAGUUUUUGAGAUAAGACAUUAACAUCAGCUGCAAGCCUGUGAGUGUACUAUUGUGAAUGUAAUGCAACUUUAUUAUGGGCUUAGCAAUCUUGCUGGUUUGAGGUGGAUGAGAAAAUGUUCUCUAUUCUGUGAUUAGAUACUGUGUUCAAAUAUACAUGUCAUGUUGUAGAGCCUAUCUAUACAUAGUCGAUCCCAG